GUCAACCUUUCACCCUUGGUCAGAUAACAGGACCGUCUGCUAUAAUCUGUUAAAAGCAUAUGGCGAUAGGUCUGAAAAACUAACGACACACCAUGGAGGAGAAACAAGGAGUCGUUGGUGCACCAAAUGAGGCAAACUUGUUAAAACUGAUGGAAAAGACAGGUUAUCCUAUGAUGCAGGAAAAUGGACAGAGAAAAUACGGACCCCCUCCGAAAUGGGAAGGACCAUCACCUUCGCGGGGAUGUGAAGUUUUCGUGGGUAAAAUUCCCCGCGAUUGCUAUGAGGAUGAACUUGUACCUGUGUUUGAGAAGAUUGGUAACAUAUAUGAGUUGAGAUUAAUGAUGGAUUUUUCAGGAAGCAAUAGAGGCUAUGCAUUUGUUAUGUACACAAACAGAAGUGAUGCACAAAAAUGUGUUCGUGAAAUGAAUAACUUCGAAAUCCGAAAGGGUCGUCUGCUAGGUGUGUGCAUUUCUGUUGACAAUUGUAGAUUGUUUGUUGGAGGGAUUCCGAAAACCAAAGGUAGGGAAGAAAUUCUCCAAGAGAUGAAAAAGGUGACAGAGGGAGUUACAGACGUGAUUGUUUAUCCAAGUGUUGUAGACAAAACGAAAAACAGGGGAUUUGCUUUUGUUGAGUACGAGAGCCACAGAGCAGCAGCCAUGGCCAGGAGAAAGCUUAUUCCGGGACGGAUUCAGCUCUGGGGAAAUCAGAUAGCAGUGGACUGGGCUGAACCAGAACAAGAUGUUGAUGAGGACACCAUGUCAAAAGUACGGAUUCUGUAUGUAAGGAACCUAAUGCUGAACACGACGGAAGACACUAUUCAGCAGUAUUUUUCCAAAGCUUGUGGGAAUGAGAACAGCAUUGAGAGGGUGAAGAAAAUGCGAGACUAUGCAUUUGUACAUUUCAAAGACAGGGGUGAUGCUCUGAAGGCCAUAAAAGCUACAAAUGGGAGCAGUUUAGAAGGAUCAUGCCUUGAAGUUGUACUUGCAAAACCUGUGGACAAAAAUGACUACAGAAUGUAUGCUCGAGGAAAAACUGCUAUGCAAGAGGAAGGUGCAGAAGACAGUUCAGAUUGUUCAAUGCAGUACCUGAAUCAGGCCUAUGCUCAGUUCAAUGUGUUUGGGGAAGCUGCUGCGACUAAUGCAAUGUAUGGCCAAGCUUAUUCAGGAUCAGUUAGUGUAGGAAGAGGAAGUGGAUUUCAGGGUCGCACAGCUGUGGGGAUACGUGGUGCUCUCCGUGGGCGUGGGCGAGGAUCAGCAGGUGUGCGAGGAGGAAGUACACAUGGGGGAUACAACUUCCUAGGGAGGGGAACUUACAGGAGAUAUGCUACAGAGGAACGUCUUUACGACAUUUUGCCUGGCAUGGAAUUGACACCCACUAACCCUGUCACACUUAAACCUCAAACUGUCAAAACACCAGUUCAGGUCCUGGAGGAGAUUUGUCAGAAGAAUGCAUGGGGCACCCCAACAUAUCAACUACAUUCUGCAAUGAAUGCAGACAUGCAGCUGUUUUUAUAUAAGGUUACCAUUCCAGCGAUUGGAGCAACUCCGUUUCAGCCAAGCAAACUGUGCAGAAAUGUGGAGGAAGCUAAGAAUUUUGCUGCUGAGUUUGUUAUGUCACAGCUAGGGAUGCCAUUUGAAGGUUCUGAGGUUGCCAAUCUUGCUCCCAACCUGUAUCAGGGACGACCCAUCGGACCUUCUUACCCCCUGACUAAUGGUGCAUCAGCUAUCACUUAUGCCUCCUCCAUGCCAGUAGUGACCAGUGCUCCACCCUCAUAUGUGGUAGCUCACGGAAAGAUGCCACCUCCACCACUACCAACACAGAUUCCUUAUGACUUUGGGGCAGCCACACCGUAUGCCGCCAUGUGAUUGAAUAGACAGUGAUAUUCAUGUGUGUUUUUAUUUUUCUCUCUUUUUCUUUAAACUGUUAUAUGAUGUUACUAUUUACAUAUAUAUGAAUAUAUAUUUGGGUUUAUUAUACACACUGAUGGACAUUAUUUGAGUUAAGUUUACUCAGUUAACAACGAGAAAGUUUUACAACCAUGUUAAACACAGCUCCAUUGUGUUUCCAUAACACUUUACUAUGAUAUAAGAAACAUGAAGAUUACAUUAAUAUCAGCUGUGCACCAAGUGUCCUUCUUCAACAAUGGUUGGACAGAUGUACAUUGCUGUUCUAUGAAUACAUUUUCUUAUUAAUUGAACUUCAAAACUUAGAAAUGUUUAGAUUUUUGUCAAAAUAUUAACAACCAGUCCAAAUUGAUGUGUUUGAAGCAUAUUGCAAAUGUUUGGGGUUCUUCCCAUAACAGUCAGAAGAAUUGGAUUGUUAACUGAGGUACAUGUCUUAUUAGCUUUUCACUCCAAACAUUCCAUCAUCCUGUGAUCAAGUUUAAACAUUUGGAAGUUUAUGGAGUGCAGGUUUCAAGACAUUUCCAUGACAUAUGGUGCUCAAUAAUGAACAGUUUAUUUUUCUUUUUAUAUUUACUGUUUUUACAGACACAAGUGUGAGAGGUAUUUUGGUUUUGUUUUUUGACUACUAUGAGAGACGAAAUCAAAUUUGCAUGCAAGCAAUUGAACUGUGUCUGCUGAAAUUUGUUCUUUUGAACAUUUAUUUAGUGGUUGAAUAUUGUUUUUUUUUAAGUCUUUUUUUAAGACAAAUAGAAGUUUUACACUCCUAAUGAAAAUCUUAAUUGAAAGACAUAUCACAUUAAUGUUACAUUAGGGUGGUAUUAUUUACCACAUUAAAAGUAAAUUAGAAUUGUAAUUUAAGUCAAUUUUCAUCAAUACCAUUGUAGACUCACAAAGGUUUUCUGUGCCAAAGCAGAGGAAUUUUCAAUGUUCAAACUAAAAUAUUUCAUUGGCAUUGUGGCGAUAUACAAAUACAUUCUAUGAUGUUGGAAAAUUUGAAUUCCAUUCAAAUUUUUUUUUCUUCUUUCAUUAUACUCUGCAAUUUUUAAUGCAUUUCUGAGAAAUUUGAAUUAAGAUUUAUUUAUGGAACAAGAAUUGCAAUUUAUACUAGAAAAAAUUGACAUUUUGACUUGUUGAGUAAGUGUUAUGGUAUGUUUACAAGCAUCAAUAUCUGGUAGAUUCCAGUGUAUUUUCUGGAAUACAUCUUUCCAGGCUUUAAAGCAAUACAUUCUUGUUCAUUUUGGUAAUUUAUAGGAAAGGUAUGGUUUUAAAUUUUCUUUUUAAUUUAAUAAAGAUUUUUUUUCUUUUCAAAAAUCAAAGUGUUUUUAAUUAUAACUAUAUAACUUCCACUUAAAAUGCAUACUACAUAUUUUUAGUACUGUAGUACAUCUAUGAAAACAAUCAAUAUUUUUGUGACGUUUCUUGCCAUAAACUAUCUGGUCAAUAUAUAUACAUGUAGUUGAGAACUUUUCUCUUUAAAAGUUGCAUAAUAAAUGUUGCCAUUUGCCAUUUUCUAUAAAAACAAACCUAACGAAUGAAAAAGUGCAAGUUAAAAAGUACUGUAGUUAAAUGAAAAUAAUGCCAAAUGCAGCCUGCACAAUGUUUUUUGUCCAAAAUGAUGUUUGAAAUUAAGUGGACUUAAUAUGAACCAUUUAGUAUGUAGAAGAAUAAUUCAUGAAAAUAAUAUUUAGUUUGUUACAAUAAGCUUGAAGUAACUAAUUAUGGACUUGUAUAAGAUCAAUAGAAAAAUCAAAGUAUGACUAGUCAGCUGAAAUUACUGUAAAAGUUAUUAGAGGAAAUCUGACUUUAGAAAUAAUGGAUAAAUCAUCUCGGAGUUAAUCUCACACAUCAGCUUCAAUCAGGAGUGUUUGCUAAUUUAUGAAAGUUACUGAUUAUGCUGUUGAAAUUGCAUGCCUGAUAAGUUUAAAUAAAUGUUGAAAAGAAUUGCAGAUGAUUUCAUAACUAAUGCAAAUCUCUUGCCAUGUAAAGAAUGAAAGGAAAAAUCUGGUUGGCAAGUAGUCACAUGUUAACAAUUUGAAACCAAUGUUGAAAAUAUAUAUGUUUUCUAGUGUGCCAGAAAAGAAUAUACAUGUGUAUACAUGCAGAUUUAACAUAAAAUCAUUACCUUUUGGGGGAAUAAUAGACAAAGUGCUAAAACAUUAAAAAGACAACAUAUUUUUUUCUGGCACAACUUGGAAUUCAUUUUAGUAAUAAUAUAAUUUGGUGGUGGGUGUGAUAAUUUAUCUACUUUUAAAGUAAAGCUUGAUCCUAUACAAUUAUAUUAGUAGUAGCUAGUGCGUAUCUUCAAUUCCCUUGUUAUUUGUGUUUAUUUUUGCAUUCUGUUGUCAUUUGGUAUCAGUUUGCAUAUAUUAAUUGAUGACAUUUUUAAGCAGAAUUAUUAUAAAGUUCAUAUAGUUUAAUAUUCAGUUAUGCAUUUGAUUUAUAAUAUAGUAUUUCAUUUUGGUAUUGAAUUAACGAGCUUAAUAUUGUUUUGGAUGGUAUCAGGAGAAAUAAUAGUUUUCAAACUUUAAAGAAUCUUUGUUCUGUUAUAACUAUGAUAAUAGCACAAACAUGUGUCUUGAAUAUAGUCGCAACUAAAGAUAAAUUAAUUCAUUGGUAAGAAAAACAAAAUUUUAUAUUUGAUCACCAUGUUUAUAAAAUGCACUCUUAGUAAAAACAUUGUCAUUAUAACUAAUAUUGCCUUAGUUUUGUACCUCUUCUGAGAAGUUCUCCUGAUACCUGGUAAUACAACUAUUCUUCAUGUUUUAAUAUAUUAGUGAUUUAUUGUAGAUUUUGCUAGUUUGAUUUAUAAUAUUCCUUUCAUUUUAAUCUAGAAUUUGAAUAUAUGGUUGCUUCUUGAUUGGAUAUUUGGUUCUAGCUGAUCAUUGUGAUCUUGUUUUAAAAUGUAAGUUCAAAGCAGGUCCUUCUAUUUUGUUUUUAACGCAUCCUGGUGACAGUUAUUUGGAAGAAGAAAAAAUCUUAAUGUUAAUAUAUCCUUGCGAUGUUGUUUUAAAACAGAUAUUUGUGAUCUUCACACCAUGUUGACCAGUACUUUGUCAGAAAAGUGCACAUACAUUCAUGAUUUGAAUUCGUACCUUCAUUGUUUUUCAUCGAGUUUGUGUACAACUAGUCUUAUUGGUGUUUUUGUUUCAUUUACACAAUAUUUAAUAUUGCACUCUUGUUAUUGCUUAUAUUUUUUAACCAUUUACUGCAAAUGAUGGGUCAAUGUAGCAGCUAUCUAUGUACUGUUAUACAAGUUUAUAUUUAUUUCUCUCAGGAGUUUACUUUCUCCCUUUUAAUACUUGUGAACCCACUGUGGUUAUGGCAACACUUGUACUCUGUGAUAUUUUGUGCACCUGUUGUGUGCAGGGCAAUUACUUUCGCCAUUUUUAUCAUCGAUAAAAAGAUAUGAAAAUUUUUUGGUAACAGGUGAUCCAGCCUAUGUUAAUUAUGUGUGAUUUGACCCUUUGCAGUAAAUCCAUAUUUUUGUGCCAUUGGUAGGGGACUUAGUCCCUAUUUUAUGAUUGGUUAGAAAAUCACUGAAAAGAAAUUAUAUGUGAGAUUGUUAGGAAUAAGGAAAGAAAUUACAGUGUGAUCUUGUUAAGAUUUAAGAGUUGGAAUCAAAAUGUAUCCUGAAAUUGAUGAUGAAACGGUUAAGACUAUGAAGUUAAAGAAGAUUGUUAUUCAACAAAGCAAUAUCAAAUUCGUGUAUAUGCAUCUGUUGUUUUUCAAAGAUAUAUUUUCUUAUCCUUAGUACACAGAGUACGUAUACAUAUUUGAGUGGAAGAAUUGUACCUUUAGACAUGGUGGAUAUGUUUUGAUUCCAAUAGAUCGGUUCCAUUGAUAUUGCUGUUCUCAUUGGUCUGAAGUGCCUAUGUAAAGAUGUUUAUUUUGGCCCUUUGUCAGAACUCCUGUACAGUAUUUCAGAGGUUGUGAACUUGUGAUAUGAUUACUGGCAACAUCUUAAAGAUAAAAUGGAGCCUUUCUAGUGUGACGAUUUGACAUACUUCAUACCCAAGAUGAAGAGAAACUGUUCAAACAUAUCUUUAAUGAAUUGGUCUGUGCUGCUUAUAACAGAGAAAAUUCUGGUAGUAAUGAUGCUAUUACAUUUCCAGUUAUAAGUCUCUACUUAUUUUUAACAUCAAGCUGGUAUUAAAUCCACACCAAAUACAGAUAAUCAAUGUUAUCAAGAAAAAAAAAGAGAAAAAGAAAGUUUUUAGCAGAUCUAUUCUUGCCAGUCUUCGAUCUGGUUAAAGAAAAGGAACAUUAAUUUUGGAUUGUACUGUUUAGUACUAUUAAUAAACAGAUAAGUUGUUGGGGGUAAUGAAGUAUGUCAAAAAAGAGAAAUUGUGUUUUUGAUAAUAUUUUAUCAAAAUUUAUAAAAGUUGAUUGUUACAACUGGCCUUCUGAAGGACGUGAUUCGACACCAAUCCUAUUUAGUCCCAUUUACAUACAAUAACAUUCCAAGUGACAAUCAGAGCUUUAUCAUAAUAAAGUUAUAUAAUUGAU